CAAAAAAAUUUCCUUCUUCCUUUUCCCACUCUCCAACACUAAUUUCUCUCUCCUCCCUCCAUUUUCUCUCUCUACAAAAUUAAAAUAAAUAUUUUUAAACCAAAAAAAAAAAAAUUAUGGCUUACGUGGCCAAGUGUACUAAUUCUCCUCCAACUCCGAUCAAUGUUCCAAACCACUUAUCUUUCUCCCCAAUGUCUUCUUCCUCCGCCGCCGCCACCACCACCAAUUUUGCUUCACCACCCACUUCUCAGCCGUCGUCUCCUCCGCUGUCUGCGGUAGUCCUCAGCCCCUGCGCCGCCUGUAAGAUCCUCCGCCGCCGCUGCGUCGAGAAAUGCGUUUUGGCUCCAUAUUUCCCUCCCACAGAGCCUCUUAAGUUCACCAUUGCCCAUAGAGUUUUUGGAGCUAGCAAUAUCAUCAAGUUCUUGCAAGAGCUUCCAGAAUCUCAAAGAACAGAUGCAGUGAGCAGCAUGGUAUACGAAGCAAACGCUCGACUGCGAGAUCCAGUUUACGGUAGUGCAGGCGCGAUUUGCCAGCUGCAAAAGCAGGUGAGCGAGCUACAAGCUCAACUAGCCAAGGCUAGGGCAGAGGUGGCUAAUAUGCAGCAACAACAAGCCAACUUACUAGCCUUGAUUUGCAUGGAAAUGAGGCAGUCACCGGAACCUGUUUGGCCACCGCAACUUGUCGACACUACAUGCUUUCUCGAUGAUGCCACCCUUAGCUCACCGUGGGAGCCACUCUGGACGUGAUCUAGCCGUCUUGUUGGCAUUCUUUUGCAAUGAUAUUUAAUUUGGAUUAGAGAAAGAUUUAAGUUAAUUGUUAUAGUAAAAAAUAUACUUUAAAUAUAUAUAAAUAGUAAUGUUGAUGAUGAUAAUAAUGUUAAUGAUUUUAACUCAAAUAUGAAACGGAAUCCAAGUAUUUUUCCCCUAUAAUUGUAAUCUUCUAUGUUUCAAUGGAGAGAGAAAAGGAAAAGGAGAGAACAUGGAAGAGUUUAAUUUGGACUUUUGGAGGGUGGUGGUUGUUUUCAUUUAGAAGAUUUGCUAAAUUUUUUUUUUAAUGAAAGCUCCUUUUGGGUAA